GUUGUUGACCUUGGAUAUUCUCAAUACCAAGGGGUAACAUUGAGCUCAGGUGUCAGCCAGUAUCUUGGCAUGAGAUUUGCAGCUCCCCCGACUGGCAAUCUAAGAUUCAGAGCGCCUGUGCAAGCUUUGUCAACUAUUGGUGUGCAAAACGCUACAAAUUUUCAACCAAUUUGUCUUGGUAUCAGUGCAACAAUAUCCUCUUCAGAGGCCGAAGAUUGCCUCUUUGUCAACGUGUGGGGCCCGGCGAAAGCGACAUCUGCUUCCAAGUUGCCCGUCUGGGUGUACAUACAAGGCGGAGGAUAUGUCACUAAUUCAAAUGCGAACUAUAAUGGUUCUACAGUGGUGGCCGCCUCAGACCAGAAUAUUGUCUUUGUCAACUUCAACUAUCGAGUCUCAGCUUGGGGCUUCCUAGCUAGCGAGGAAGUGAGAGCUGAUGGAGAUCUGAAUGCUGGCCUUCUUGAUCAGAGAUUUGCGCUACAAUGGGUGCAAGACCACAUCGAGCAGUUUGGAGGAGAUCCCUCCCAUGUUGUGAUUCAUGGAGUUUCAGCUGGUGCCGGUUCAGUUGCAUUACACCUAACUGCAUAUGGUGGCCGCAAUGAUAAUCUCUUUGUUGGCGCUAUUGCUGAAUCUCCAUUCUUCCCAACUCAACCCCAAGUCCCAGAGCUUGAAUGGCAAUUUGAAACAUACGCCGACGCUGCAGGUUGCGGUAAUGCAACUGAUCCACUUACCUGUUUGAGAUCCAAAGAUACGGCAAUUCUUCAAGCCGCCAACGUCCCAGCGCCUUACCCCGGUCGCAGUAGUGCUCCCCUUUUCUACUUCACGCCCACUGUCGAUGGGGACUUCAUCAGAGAUUAUCCUUAUCGCCUAAUCGAACAAGAAAAGCUUGUAAAAGUACCACUUAUGGUUGGAGAUGACACAAACGAAGGCUCAGGCUUCGCAGCCAAUGCAUCUUCCCCCCCCGACGUGGCAACAUUCUUCCAGAACAACUACCCACUCCUAACAACCAACGACACAGACGCAAUCAACACCCAAUAUCCCCUCAUGCCUCCUCUCCCCAAACACGCAGCAUACUUUCCCUCCGCAUCUGCUGCAUAUGGAGACUCAACAUUCACCUGUCCAGGCAACCUCCUCGCGUCUUCAUUCUCCACCUACAACACACCCUACCAAGUGUGGAACUACCGCUACAACGUCCUCCAAGCAAACAACGUCGCCGCAGGCCUAGGCGUCCCCCACACGUUCGAGUCCCCAGCGAUCUUUGGUGUAGGCAAUGCAGGCGAUAACCCGAAUUCGAGUUAUGCUACUUACAACGCGGAUAUUGUCCCUGUGUUGAUGAAUUAUUGGAUUAGUUUUGCGAGAGAUCUGAGUCCGAAUAGGUAUAAGUUUGCAGAGGCACCGCAUUGGGAAAGUUUUGGGAAUGGAAGGAGGAUUUUGUUGCAGACUAACGGCACGGUGAUGGAGACUGUUCCUGAAGAGCUGGUGCAGAAGUGUGAGUUCUGGAAGGGGUUGGCGGUCACCAUGGAGCAGUGACGUGACUUGAGUGGAACAAAAUGGUGAAGCCACAUGGGGAUGCGAAGACGGAGUUUCAAGG